AUGUGCGGCAACGAGAACGGUGAACUGUUGCUUGCGCCGAUCAGCAGCGCCGCGGCGGCACGGAAGGGGAAGGGGAAGGGGAAGGGGAAGGCGAGGGUGAAGAGCGGGCACCCGGGCGUGGCGGCCGGGAAGCACAAGCUAUCGGUGUGGACCGGCCUGAGGUUUCGGCACUCGGGCAAGUGGGCGACGGAGAUCCGCAUGCCGCGCACCCGCGAGAAGGUGUGGAUCGGCACCUUCACGAGCCCCAGGCAGGCGGCGCUCGCCUACGACGCCGCCGUCUUCUGUUUUUUCGGCGAGCGCGCGCCCAAGGCGCGCAAGACCAACUUCCCCGCCGCGCCGCGCCCGGAGAUCUCCGAGAGCGAGCGUCUCAAGCUCAGCGUCGCCGACGUCAAGGUGAUCUGUGAGAAGCACGCUCGCGAAGUCGACGCGCUCCUCCCGCCGCUGGACGACGCGGACAGCACAGCUGCACCUGAUGAUCUGGUGGUGGCGCCGGCGACGCCGGGGCCUGUGGAUGCUCCUCCUGCCGGCGCAGGUGGACCUGCUCCUCCUGACAGUCUGGACGAGGACGACGAGCUCGAUCAGAUGAUUAGAGAUUUUGACAUCGAGGCCUUCCAGGCUGAACUCGAUUCCGUGACGUACCUUGUGUCCGAUGGAGAGUAUACUGAGCUCUCUGCUUAA